AUGAUCUUGUGGGACACGUUAUCGCUCUGUGCGUCAUCGCAUGUCUGCUCGCCAGGAUUGGGCGGUGCGGCCGUACAACUCUGUGGGCAGCGACCGUACAGUGCAUCGUAUGCCUGCAUGUCUGCUGCCAGGAUUGGGAGGUACGGCCAACUCUGUGUGCAGCGACCGUACAAACAGUGGCCAAUCACUAGAACCUCAGCGACCGCACGUCAUCGCAUGCCUGCACGCCAAGAUUGGGAGGUGCCACCGUACAAACAGUGA